GUCUGCAGCUUUCCCGGCUGGGUUCACCAGGACCCUGUCCCCUGGCGCUGGCCUCAGGACCUUGCUGCCAAGUGGGUGCGUGUACGGAGAGGACAGCUUACCACUCAGCCAAGGGAUGGAUAACGUCCUCCCGGUUGACUCAGAUCUCUUCCCAAACAUCUCCACCAACACCUCGGAGCCCAACCAGUUCGUGCAGCCAACCUGGCAAAUUGUCCUUUGGGCAGCUGCCUACACGGCCAUCGUGGUGACCUCUGUGGUGGGCAACGUGGUGGUGAUGUGGAUCAUCUUGGCCCACAAGAGAAUGAGGACAGUCACCAACUACUUCCUGGUGAACUUGGCCUUCGCCGAGGCCUCCAUGGCGGCGUUCAACACAGUCGUGAACUUCACCUACGCUGUCCACAACGAGUGGUACUACGGGCUGUUCUACUGCAAGUUCCACAACUUCUUCCCCAUCGCCUCAGUCUUUGCCAGCAUCUACUCCAUGACAGCCGUGGCCUUGGAUAGGUACAUGGCCAUCAUCCAUCCCCUCAAGCCCCGGCUGACGGGAACAGCCACCAAGGUAGUCAUCUUUGUCAUCUGGGUCCUGGCUCUCCUGCUGGCUUUCCCCCAGGGUUACUUCGCAACCACGAUGACCAUGCCCAACAGAGUGGUGUGCAUGAUUCAGUGGCCAGAAUAUGCCAACAAGAUUUACGAGAAAGUGUACCACAUUUGCGUGCCUGUGCUGAUCUACUUCCUCCCCCUGCUGGUGAUCGGCUAUGCGUACACCAUAGUGGGAAUCACGCUGUGGGCCAGCGAGAUCCCCAGGGACUCCUCUGACCGUUAUCACGAGCAAGUCUCUGCUAAACGCAAGGUGGUCAAGAUGAUGAUCGUUGUGGUGUGCACUUUCGCGGUCUGCUGGCUGCCCUUCCACAUCUUCUUCCUCCUGCCCUACAUCAACCCAGAUAUCUACCUGGAGAAGUUUAUUCAGCAGUUCUACCUGGCUAUCAUGUGGUUGGCCAUGAGCUCCACCAUGUAUAACCCUAUCAUCUACUGCUGCCUCAAUGACAGGUUCCGGCUGGGCUUCAAGCAUGCCUUCCGGUGCUGCCCUUUCAUCAGUGCGGGCGACUAUGAGGGGCUGGAGAUGAAAUCCACCCGGUAUCUCCAGGCCCAGGGCAGUGUGUAUAAAGUCAGCCGCCUGGAAACUACCGUCUCCACAGUGGUGGGGAACCAUGAGGAAGAACUGGAGGAGGGCCCCAAGGGCACGCCCUCACCCCUGGACCUGGCCUCCAAUGGCUCCUCUCGCAGUGAGUCCAAGACCAUGACGGAGAGCUUCAGCUUCUACUCCAACACGCUCUCCUAGACCCUGGGCCUGCAGCAGAGGCAGCCACCAUCGUCUUUGUCUUGCUUCACUUCAUGCAUGGAUAAUUCCUCGAUCUGGAAACCAUCAGGAACACCCUCACACUGGGACUUGUGAAAAGGGUCAGAAUGGUUUAGGAAAAACAUUCCAUACUGGAGUCCAAAAACCUGGAUUCUUCCAUGUCGUUGCCAACCCCAUGCUGUGUGACCCAAGACAAAUCACCGAACUUCUCUGAGCCUGUAAAAUGGGAAGGUUAGACUUGCUGUUCUCUACAAUCCAUUCCGUGGUUCUAGAAUACAGUUUGGCUGUGAAUGAGCACUCAUUUCAAGAUGAAUCCUGCAAUGGAGCAACAGACCCAACGGAUCUGUUUGCCUGGAGCCUCUGUCUUACUUCAAUAAAGCCUUUCUCAAUCAUGCUCAGAUUAACCCUCCUUUCGCUAGUGGAUGUCUUCAUUUGAUAGAGUGAACAACUGAAGGGCCCACAGAAAAUCUGAAAGAGAGAUUUAACCCCAUCCUCCGAGCAUCCGUGAAAAGAAGACAAAGUCUGCCCCUUUUUUGGCAUCUCAAUAUUUUAGGGCAUUUAAACAUCAUAGGAUUGAGAGCCUCAGAUUCAUCUGCAUUGUGUCCCCAAUAAUUUCCCUGAGCAACUAACUGAUGCAGGCAGAAUGUGUCCACUGAUACCAGCUGAUGUAUGUCAGGACCAAGAUCAGGAGAGCUGUGCCAUAUUUCAUCUGUCUGAGCCUCUCUUUCCUUAUUUGUAAAACGAUGGGAGUGAACUAGAUCAUCUAAGUGUCCCUUCAAAUUUUCAAUGGUUUAAUGAUUGUAUGAGGGGUUUUUUGUUUGUUUGUUUCACACACAAAAAUGGUGGUCUCAGAAAGAACAGGAGAAGAGAGUGAAGUGACUAAAUACUCCUGAAAAGUAGCAACUGCUGCGACCAUGUGUCCACACCCAUAUCAGACAUUCUCUGAUUGAUCCUAAAAUGUGAGUACCUUUUUCUCCUGGGAGGUUGUAGCUUUUAACACAGCUGAGGACUUGGUGUCGAAGCCUGCAUCUCUCCACCAGGUUUUAGCAGACUGAGCCUGCAGCUGGAGAGAACAUCCGGGAAAUGAAUUCAUGGGCUCCCUGCUCUGGCCUUUUGGUUGUCUUAGGACAAAGGCACUAGCUGUGCACUAACAUCCCACAUGUGCUCAGCUGCCCAAUGAGCAAAGGGGCUGCAGCAGCACCUCUGGGAAGAGGACACCUUGCAUUUUCCCUUUAGACUCUCUGAAUCUCCCCGUCUUGCCUCCAUGGCUUUGCUGGCCUCCUGUCUGUAAGAAGUGGGACAACACAUUGACCCUAUAGGACAGUUCAUCUACCAAGAGCCAUGAACUUAAGGCUUCAUGUCCCAGUACAGCUUUGAGAUUUCCAUCAAGUGAGCAUGAAGCGCCUUCCUGUCUUCCAAAUUCGUGCUUUGUCCCAUUGUGGCUGAAAGCAGGAGCCUCAUAUAACAUCUGUGAAUGUCCUCCUUAUUGUUUGAAGAAUGGAGGCACAUGUGCAGCAUCUGUGGUAUCAAUAGAAUAUAAGCACUGCCCACAGGGUUUACAGCCUCACCAGCCUUGCUGGCUCUAACUCUACUAGGCCAUGGUAGGCCUGGGGGGAGAGAGCAACAGUAUAAGCCAGAAGGACCCAAGAACUAUACUCUUCAAAGCCUCAUGGGACGGAUCAAAUAAAUUGAGUAAAGCCAGCUCAGUGCAGAUAGAUGAACGGAAGACAUAAUUUAGAGGCUACGAAAGUCAGUGCCAAAAGCAUUAGUCAGACUUCCAAUAAGCAAUUGUGCCGUGUGUGGAUAAUUCUCUUCCGAGGGCCAUAGAGAACCAGCAUGAUUAUGAGAAGAACUUAAAAAGAAAGUGUCAAGGAUUUGGAGGAGGUUGGAAUUGAAUUCAAUAAGAAUUAUUGAGUACCUGCUGUGGAUUUGGCCCUGAGCUGAGGACACACAGCUCCUUCCACUCUUGAGAGCCAUGGCUAACGCACCAAUCCUAGGGGGUCGAGGCCACCCAGCAGGCGUGGAGGCAGUUGUGAAGCCAAUUCUGCCCAGGAUUCUAGAGACUUAAUACAUGUAAUUGAGCCAAGGACUGAGACCUUCAGAGAGCCUUUUGCAGUGAGAGUUCUCUGAGAUCACUUUAAGGAAAGCCACCAUGGUUGGACAGCAUCGUCACUGCACAUAGAGGGAGGGUGCGAUGGUGCUGAGCAGUUUCAAAUAUGGCAAAACAUCCCCUCUGAACCAGCCCAGCAGGCCUUCCUCCGACCCACUCUCCAACACCUAUGUAACUUAUAAAAAAUGUCAUCAGCUCCCACAUGUGAGAAACACCAUGAUUUGCACUGUGCAUGGGCUCAUUUUUAUAGAAAUGUGUCCCCCUAUGUUUAUCUUCUAAGUAUUUCUCUGUGGUGUACUGUUCAGUAGUAAUAGAAUAUAAGACAUCAUGGGGCCAGUCUUUGUUAUGUUACUUCAAAAAUAUGGGAUUCAGUUGCUGUCAAUGUGUUCUUUGCAUUGUGCCAACCUCUCCUCAUUCUUUCACAGAGAGGAGCUGAUGUACACCGUGAACUCACAGUCAAAUUAUAGUGACUGGGGGUGGGUGGGGGGGAGGGAGAGCAGAGGCCUCUAUGGGAGGAACUAACGGGCAGGAGUCCUUGUCCUCUCUCCCCACACACACCAUCAUGCUGAGACAUGCUGGAAGGUCCUUUCUCUUGGAAGGACUGGGGGAUUUCUAGGAAAAGGGGACUUGGGAGCUGACUCUCUGGUUUGGCUUUCGGGGAGAAUCCUGUAUGUAGGACGGGGUCAUUCCUGAAGUUCCCAUUUUCCAGCCUGGGAUCCUGGAAAGAAUUUCCAUGCAGAAAUAAAGUAUGUGUUCGACUA